AUGACGAAGAACGAUGAUAACACUGAAAAUUCAAAGAAUCUAGCUGAAAACGAUGAAAUUUCGGGCUUGCAACGCCUUAAAGAGAUUCAGGAUGUGAACACACAUAAAGAUCAGUCAUACCCCCCCCUAGAUAGUAAUCAUCUACAAUCUACUUCAAGUUAUGAUUCGAGCAUCCGUCACUAUGUGCCUAAUUUAGAUUCAGUUGUUGAUCCGUUUUCCAACAACAUAUCAAAACAAUCUCCACAUGAUGGCUUAAAGAAAUUAGCACUGGCAUCAUCACAGAAGAAAUUAGUACGAAGUAAAUCCCAGCCCUUCUAUAGCAGAUCGUCAGAAACAUCUCUCAGUCAACUCAACAAAUUUACUAAGAGCUACAUUAUCCCCGCCGCCAAAUGGGCAUAUUCACCGAUAUCCAAUGGUAGGUCGAAGAAAGAAGAUUUAAUUCCACUUUAUAAAAUAGAGUAUUCUGUUUUUAAACCAUUGAAAAAUAUACGACCUGUCCAAAACGAAAACGAAUAUAAUUUUCACCGGCAAAGAAUAAUCGAUGAGGACCUGCCUGAGCUUGGAUAUCCUGAUAAUUACUUGAGUAAAGAUGAUUUUUCGAGCUUAGUUGUUGGUAUUACAGAUCUAAUCGAAUUAGAUGGUUAUAAGCCCAAUCGUAUUUCCCAAGGGUCUUCAGGAAGCUAUUUCAUAUAUAACAGAAGGGUUUGUGAUGGCACCCAAGAAAUAUACAAGGCAGGCAUAUUCAAACCGAAAGAUGAAGAACCUUAUGGGCCAUUAUCUCCUAAGUGGACAAAAUGGUUGCACAGAACUUUUUUUCCUUGUUUUUUUGGACGAUCUUGUCUUAUUCCAAACUUGGGAUAUGUUAGCGAAGCUGCCGCUAGUAUACUUGAUCAACAAUUGUUAUCGUUCAUUGUACCACAUACUGAAAUAGUAUAUCUUAAGUCAAGCUCAUUUUAUUAUUCAUACUGGGAUAGACAUAGGGCUUAUUCAAAAUUGUCUCCAAAGAUUGGUUCAUUCCAAUGCUUUCUAAAGGGUUAUAUGGAAGCUCAAGCAUGGUUUCAUCAUUUUCCUAUUCCUAAUGAAAUAACUGGGUUGCCUGAUGAAUGUGAGAUCUUGGUUGAGCAUAAUGAAAAUAAUUUAGAUUCAAAUUUUAAGUGGAAUAAGAAAACAUUGCAACAAUUUAGAGAGGAGCUAGAAAAAUUGGUAAUAUUGGACUAUAUUAUGAGGAAUACAGAUAGAGGUUUGGAUAACUGGAUGAUAAAAAUUCAAUGGAUUGAGACUAAGCGUGAUAAAUCUUACAAAAAAAUGACGCCUAUUAUUAAAAUUGGAGCUAUUGAUUCGGGUUUGGCAUUUCCUUGGAAGCAUCCUGAUGAAUGGAGAUCUUUUCCAUUCGGAUGGCUAUUUCUACCAUUAUCUAUUAUAGGCCACCCAUUCUCAAUGAAUACCAGAAAUCUCUACUUACCAUUAUUAACAUCUAUAAUGUGGUGGGAAACGACUGUCAAAAAGUUGAAAGAUGUUUUUAUGCAAGAUACUGACUUCAAGGAAAGAAUGUGGAAGAAGCAGUUAUCAGUAUUGAAAGGUCAAGCAUUUAACGUUGUUGAGGUGUUGAAGUUGAGCCAUGCUGGACCUCUAGAAUUAACUAGGAGAGAAACAGUGUUAAUUCGUGAUGAUGAAAUGAAUAUUCCUGUACUGGUGGAUUCCGACAUAAUGAUAAAUGCAAUGGAAACAAGCAUUUAUGAUUUGAAUAAUAAACCUUCUAAAAUCACUAUUGUACCUAAGUUCAACAAUUUAAAUGAUUUGGAGCCUAAUGAACUGAGCCUUCUAUUGCCUGAUAAUAGUAGCAUCCAUAGCACCAAAAGCGAACCACAAUUCAGUAUGUCGGGGUUCGAAUAUAAUUUAAAUUUCAAUGGUGAACAAAGAAACGAUAGUGAAGAAGGUGAGACUAAUACUAAGAAGGUAGUAAUUGAAAGAUUAGAGAAAGUUAAAAAUAAGCCGCCAGUUUUUACUUGGUGUUGA